AUUUUAGAGUGAGGAGGAGAAGAGGUAACCGCACCAACAGUUUGGAUGAUCCAGACUUCACUGAGCGUCUUUGCGCACCGCACGCGGCUGGACUCUUCCUCCUCCUUCAGCUGAAAGUUUUCUCUUUACAACAGAACAAAAUAUAAUUUUAAAAAAAGAGUCUAAUGGCAUUUAAAUGUAAGCCCUGGCUGAGGUGCAGUUGCGUCCUCCUAGUUGUGGUUUGUGCUGUUGCCCUGGUGUGCCUCUGCCUCGCCACGUUUGUCCGGGCGCGCUGCUCCAGGGGCAGCUUCAGACGCGCGGCGGUGGCCGCCGACUCCAAACUCUGCUCCGAGAUCGGCAAGAGCAUGCUGGAGCAGGGAGGCUCGGCAGCAGAUGGCGCCAUCGCAGCUCUCCUGUGCACAUCGGUGGUGAAUCCUCAGAGCGCAGGGAUAGGAGGAGGCUCUAUAGUGCUUGUAAAAAAUGAAACAGGCGGCGUUACGGUCUACAACUUCAGGGAGACGGUCCCCAAAACAUUCAAGACCAACCUGUUAAAUGACUGUCCCACUACAUUCAGAAUAUCCACAGGCGGUCAGUGGAUUGGUGUUCCUGGAGAGCUGCUGGGCUAUAAAGUGAUUCACCAACGACACGGAAAGCUGCCCUGGGAAAAGCUGUUCGAGCCGACAAUCAAACUGGCCAGGGAGGGGAUCCCCAUGCCUCCUUUUCUGGCUCGUUUCAUGAGCUCACCUUUAGUGAAAAAUUAUGUGGAGAACUCAUCUCUGUGUGAAGUCUUUUGCAACAAUAACAAAACCGUCCUGAAGGAAGGGGACACCUUGAGGCUUUCUAUACUUGCAGAUACAUUGGAAGCCAUUGCAUUUCACGGGGUAGAUGCCUUUUACAAUGGCAGGAUAGGACAAGCCUUAAUCCGAGACAUUAAAGCUGCAGGUGGGACUUUGGAAAUGGAGGAUCUGAGGUCCUUCAAGGUGCAGGAGGAGGGCGCGUGGACGGUUCCUCUGGGAGACACUCAGAUGCACGUCCCUCCACCUCCUGCAGGAGGGGCUCUGCUGGCUUUCGUUCUCCAAAUCAUGAAAGGCUUCUCACUGACUUCAGAUUCCCAGGAUGGUGAGAAAAAGAUCCAGAUGUACCAUCAAUAUGCCGAAGCUUUAAAAUUUACUAAUGGACAAAAGAAGAGCAUUUAUGAUCCUGGAUUUAAAAACACACUUCCUACUGCAGAUCGUUUGAUUGAUCCCUCUUUUGCUGACCACAUCAGAAAGAUGAUAACUUCAAACGGCACUCACGAAAACUCUUACUACAACAACAUCAAGCCCCCUCCCGAUCACCUGGGCACGAGUCACGUCUCCGUCCUGGAUGAGAACGGGAUGGCCGUCUCCGCCACCAGCACCAUAAACCAGCUAUUUGGAGGAGCCGUUUACUCGCGGCACACCGGCAUCGUCCUGAACAACGAGCUGGCUGAUUUUUGCCACAGAACGAACACAGUGAAGGCAGGUGAGCGGCCUCCCUCCUCAAUGACUCCUGUGAUCCUGGAGUCAAAGUCUGGAAGGAUAAUCGUGAUUGGUGGAUCAGGAGGAAGCAUGAUUACCUCAGCAAUGGCCUUGUCCCUCAUAAACCGCCUGUGGCUCGGGAUGAGCUUAAAGGAUUCGAUUGCUGCUCCCAUCAUUUUUGUUGACUCACAGAACAAGCUGAACUUUGAACCACAAUUUGAUGAGUCGGUGAAAAAAGGCCUCACAGCUCUUGGACACAAAGUUGGAACUUGGCCAUAUUUUUUCAAUGUAGUCAACGGUUUGGAAAAGGAGAAUGGUUGCAUCGAGGCUGUGUCAGACAGAAGGAAGAUGGGAGUGUCUGCUGGAUUCUAACUAUGUGGAUGCGUGACCUGUAAUUAUAGACUGACUGAACCUUUGGCCUUAGGAACAAUGAGUGAUCGGCGGCUUUGCUGACAAAAUGUGAAAAAAUUGUGCUUUAAACAUUUUCAUUCAUCCGUUUUUCUGAGAAAUGUCUCCAAUCUGGGUAAAAUAACAUCAGCUGUUGCAAAAAAAAUACACAAAUAGGGACAUGACAUGAGCUUAAAUGAAUGAAUAAAUCUUAACUGGAAGUGAUUUUUAAAACUUUUUGAUUAAAAGAAAGUAAAGGCAAAUCAGAGCAAACAGUUGGUGAAGAUAACAGCACAACCUGUCAAAUGUGACAUCAUUUCCUUUGAUUAGCUCCAUCCACUCAUUACUCUCUCCUCUUUGAACACAUCACAGUAUCUUGAACAGAAACUCAUUGGAUUUUAAAGUAAACACACAGCAAGAUAAACCUAAAAAGCGUCAUAAACAUUCUUGUGUAUGACAGUUGUGAACAUUUUCCACUGGGUUUUGGAAAAACAACUUUCCUGUGCCUCACUACUGAGUCUGACAGUCUCACAAAAUGUUUUAUCUUUCCAAUUGAACUAAGAAGUGUUUUGUCAGAAUUUUCUCCUGUAGAUGAGUCAUUUACCCUUUUUAAAGUGACAUCAUUUCCACCAUGUCAGAGAACUUAAACUGUGACUUUUAGGACUUACUGUAUGUUGAAGAAGUGCUUUUUAUUUCAGCCCACAUGGUGAAAAAACAUAAAAACUAACUAAAAAUAUAUUAAAAAAAA